GCUUCCCUUUCCCAGUAUGCUCUCUCUAGGAGACGGGAAUGGCGGAGUAUGGUAGCAUCCUCACCCCGGCGGCACUCGGCCUCAGCGCCGGGCACUCGCCCGGACCCAAGGUGGAAGCUUUCGCCGACGCGCUGCAGAGGGCGCGGCAGAUUGCUGCUAAAAUAGAUGCUGGGUCACAUCUGAACAAUUCUACUCCUGUGGUAGAUCCUGCUGUCUAUGGCUAUGGGACUCAGAAACGGACACUGGACGAUGGGGUAGUGAACCAACUUGGAAUGGUGCAUCAAAGGACUAUAAUGUCUGAGGAGUACAAAGUGCCUGAUAAAAUGGUUGGAUUCAUAAUUGGCAGGGGAGGAGAACAGAUAUCUCGAAUACAGAUGGAAUCUGGCUGCAAAAUACAGAUUGCACCUGAUAGUGGAGGUCUUCCAGAGAGGUCCUGCACGUUAACAGGCUCCCCAGAGAAUAUUGAAGAAGCGAAAAGACUCUUAGGACAGAUUGUGGAUCGAUGUCGGAAUGGACCUGGCUUUCACAAUGACAUCGAUAGUUCCAACAGUGCUAUACAAGAAAUACAAAUUCCAGCUAGCAAAGUGGGUCUCGUCAUAGGGAAAGGAGGCGAAACCAUUAAACAGCUGCAGGAGAGAACAGGUGUAAAAAUGAUCAUGAUUCAGGAUGGACCACUUCCCACAGGUGCAGAUAAACCACUGAGGAUUACAGGAGAUCCUUACAAAGUACAACAAGCUAAAGAGAUGGUCUUGGAAAUAAUCAGAGAUAAAGAUCAAGGUGACUUCAGGCGGAAUGAAUUUGGUUCUAGAUUGGGUGGAAAUAGUAUAGAUGUUGCUGUACCCAGGUUUGCUGUUGGUAUCGUAAUAGGAAGAAAUGGCGAAAUGAUAAAAAAGAUUCAAAAUGAUGCUGGUGUCAGGAUUCAAUUUAAGCCAGAUGAUGGUGUUAUGCCAGACAGAAUUGCUCAGGUGAUGGGACCUCCAGAUAGGUGUCAACAUGCUGCUCAUAUGAUUAAUGAACUUAUUCACACUGCCCAGGAGAGAGAUGGUCAAUCUGGCUUUGGUGGUCCCGGAAGAGGACGGGGUAGGGGUCGUAGUGACUGGAAUGUGGGACCUCCAGGUGGAAUGCAGGAAAUAACAUACACAAUACCCGCUGAUAAAUGUGGCUUAGUUAUUGGAAGAGGUGGAGAGACCAUCAAAAGCAUUAACCAGCAAACAGGAGCACAUGUAGAAUUACAGAGAAACCCGCCACCAAACUCUGAUCCUAAUAUUCGAAUAUUCAUCAUUCGUGGAGCUCUACAACAAAUCGAACAUGCUAGACAAUUAAUAGAAGAAAAAAUCAAUGGGGGUCCUGGUCCUGGUGGCCCUGGAGGAUUUAACACGAACCCUUACAGUCAAGGACCACCUGGACACCAUCAAAAUGGUCCUCCACAAGCCUUUAUGACACAGGGAUGGGGAAGUACGUACCAACCCUGGCAGCAGCAAGGACAGCAGGACCCAAGUAAAGCUGCACAGCAUUUGGGUACAGCAGCCUGGUCAGCCUACAUCUCCCAGUUUUACCAGCAGCCUAGCCAGCAACAACAAGCAACAAUGGGGCAGAACUCGCAACAAAAUUCAGAUCAGAAUGGUGGCCAAACUGGUCAGAUGGAUUAUUCCAAAGCCUGGGAAGAUUACUACAAAAUACUUGCUCAGGCUACAGGAACUGCUCCAGGGACUCCACAGCAGAGUUCACAACCAGAUUAUAGUGCAGCCUGGGCAGAGUAUUACCGACAGCAAGCGGCGUACUAUGGACAGGCCACACAACAAGGGCAGGCCCCUGGUCAUCAGGAUCAAUAAUUUGACGUCCUUGUGAAGAAAUUUGAAUCAUUAUGGAUGUGGAGCCUUUUUUUAAUAAAGGGUUAAAAAAGAUUUAUGACGCCUUGAAGAAGAAAAUCUUAUACUUUUGUUUCUGAACACUAGAGAAAAAAUACUUAUUACGAUAACUUUCUAGAUUUACCAUUAAUGGAGUAAUAGUGAAGUUGAGGGGUGCAGAUGUUAUGGAUUGAACACUCGGGGACCCUUAAACCGAUGCCAUGGUUUGGACAGGCUAAAAUGCAAAUGGUCGUUUGUUCUGUUUUUUAAAUUUUUUUUUAAAUUACUCCCCUACAUUAGCUGCACUACAAGAUAAGUUUUUAAAGUAUAAAUGUAGUGUGGAUGCGGGGACUCAAAGGUGGUGCAUUGUUGAAAUAUAUACAUCCCUGUGAUAGAUGGGUAGGAAUACUGGUGCUGGUACUGCAUUUCCUGAUACUCAGUGACGGCAAAGCAAUGAGUCACAGGUUAUCGGUCUAGAGUUUUGUACAGUAUUGACCGAAUGGUACUAAUGACCACAGUAUAUAUAUAAUAUAUAUUAUAUAUAUAUUUAUAAUAUGUCUCACUUUUGUGAAACUGUGCCUCCAUCCCUAUGUGACUGGGCACUAAAUACAAAACUGUGUUGGACUGGUAAAUUUUUGUACUGGUCCAUUAAUUCUAUUGUGUGGGGACGGAGGAGAAACGAAGAAAAAGGAAGUUAGCACAACAGAGACUUCUUUCUAUAAGGAGUUGAAAUGAGAACUGUGAAUAAUAAUUUAAUGCUUUUUCCAAAAUACAUGUUUUACGUAGGUGACUGUUGGCAAAGAUGAGAUUUAAAAAAAGUUAUAUAAAAAAAAUUAAAAAAAAUUUAGGCACAUUUUGUAAUUGAUAAAUGAAACUGAACAGCAGCAGGAUGCACAUCUGUACGUGGAUGUAAUGGAAGAACACUGCCACUCACAUUUUAGCCUGCCUUCCACCCCGUUUUUUCCCCACUUCAAAAGAACAUCCUGGCCUGAAAGGGGCCCCCCUAAUGAGUUAAAGACUUGAUCAUAUACUUUGAUUUGUGCUGCAAUUAGAUUGCACCUGUCUGUAUAAUUGCCUGAAAAGAAAAGAUAAAUAAAUGAAACUACAGGUUUUAUUUUUUAGUAUGAAUAAAAACCAAAAAUGGUUGGUUGUGUUUGGUAUACACCUCUCAAAUAUGGACUCGACAAAGUCUCCACGAGCCAUGCUAAUGACUAUUUUUUAAUUCUUAUUCUUAAGUGGUGUGAUCUAAUAUGUAUGAUUAUGUUUAGCAAGUGAAUGAAUCCUAGUAUUAAUUACGUAUGUGAAACAAAAAUUACAUUGAUUUAAAAAAAGGGAUGGUUAUUAAGUUGAAGCUGUUUAACUUGUAGUAUUUGCCUUUGUACAGUUAACAGUGUAGAUAACCGGGAACUUCAGUUCUGUUUUUAAUGACCUGAAGUUUACUGGACAUUCCGUUUAAAUUGUACUGAUUUUUUUCUAUUAAUGCUCGAGAUAUCUAACUUUGGGAAGUGCGACUGGUUUAAAAAAAAGAACAGCUCUGUGCAGCAUGUUAAAGAGAUGUAUCCCUUUUAUUUUACUGACACUUGCAUUUUACACUCUAUAAUAAAAUGUCCACAACAUUUCUUUGUGGGAAAUUUGGCCUGA